AUGAAGGAAAAAGAAAAGGAAGACAAAAAAGUGGAAAAUGAAGGAAGACGGCAUAAGGAGAGCAAUGGUGAUGAAAGAGAAAUGCAGCAGCAAAUAUCAACUUCAGAAACAAAAGAAGAGAAGAGAGCUAAUGCAAAAGAGAAAAUAAUAAGCAAUGUGACGGUCGGUGCUAACAAUGCUGCUGUAAAUGUAUCAACGGGAUCAUCACACGAUUCGCAUGUUGAAGAUGAACAUAAUCAGCGAAAAGUGGAUAGAUUUAUAAAAUCUAUUACAAAAUUCAUUUAUCAUGAUGGCUCUGUAUGUAAUCGUACAAUAAGCGCAUGGAUUGUUACGAUCUCAUACUUGCUGUGCAUAUACAUUUCUCUUGCGUUACUAGUAACUGGGGCUAUAUAUAUAAUGUUACACAGCACUCGAGAUGCACCGGUGUAUUACGGCGAGACUACUUUCAUUGGUGGCGUACCAGGAAUUGGUUUUGAACCCCGAAAGCGUAGCAUGAAAAGAGAACAAAAUGUUUUUAAAUGGAAUACUGAUGAUCCCACAUCAUAUGCUUUCUAUGUACAAAGGUUGCGAAGAAUUCUGUACGAAUAUGCGAGGAUGGAAAUUAUGCCAAGCAAAUUCAAAAUGGAUUGCAAGAGAACAAUCCUACCACAAUUGGGUGGAAAGCCGGUAAAACAUUUUUGCAAAACAGAUGUAACCAAUGCAGACGAGAAUUACGGUUACGGUGGUUGUGCUUUAAUCAGGAAAGUUUUUUGUUUUCAGUUGUAUUAG